UGUCAGGCAAAAAAAAAUUCUCUGUAUUAAAAAGUAUGAGACCAUGCCCACUAGCCCGUUCCGUUACCGACCAGCACCGUAGCGUGCCAUACACGGAGCGACAAGUAUUGUCGGCGAGAAUAUUUUGCCGGUGGCGAUACGCUCUGUGCAUGACACGCGACGUUGCCACACCGGUGCGCGCAGGCGGCGAAACGGUGAGCACCCGCGUUAUAACCGCGUAAGAUGGCCAUUAUAUACGGGUUGCCACUCUUCUCUUUCUAUUAACCAUUUUGUCACCAUCGGUUCAAGUAGACACACGUACGCGUUCGCUGUAAUAUGGACGACGAAAAUUGAUCGAAAUUGUUCGCAAUCACGAAUUUAUAUAUAAUUUAAAACAUCCAAAAUAUAUGGAUUAUGUCAAGAAAUACAUUGCGUGGAAGGAAAUUGGGGAACAACUAAAACAAUGUGAAAGACAACAUUGAGUAAACAAUAGCUCCCGCCACACGACAUGCACGUGUUCGUAGAAAAACAAGAGAAAUUGCAUUGAGAGGUGACAAUGAGUGAGAGUUCCUGUAUGUAGUCAGUAGCGCCAUGUCAUGAGCCGCGUGGUGGUGGCGCUAGUGCUGCUGGUAGGCGCGGGCGCGGCGCAUGCGCAGCUCCGGCCGGCAGACGCGCCGCCCGCCCUUAACGACACACGGUGCGGGACAGAGUGCGUGCGAUGUUCUGCUGACGGUUGUGUUAAAUGCGCCAAGCUCCUGGUGUGGCCGGGGGCCACGUGCGUCCACCACUGUCCCUCAGGAACCCAGGAAUCCUGGGCUCAUGACAGCCAGCUCAUGGGCAGAGUUUGUUACCCAGCUCAUACCUACAACGAGGUGUUGAUAGGCGGCGUGUGUGGUGUGGCCUUGUGCCUGGUCGUGAUCGCGGCGGGCGCGACAUAUGCGCGCUGCCGCCGCUCCCGGGCCCGCUCGCAACCGCUUCCGCAACAGAACCAAGACGACGACGCGCAGCUCAGAGAGUUCCAUAAACAGCUGGACUGCUUAAGACCGUACGCUUACACGUUAUUAGCCAUAUUGAACCACACGAGGCACCAGGUGAGGGAACUGUACCAAUUGGGAAACAACGACGCCGCUCUCGCCUACAGCUGCGUUCUGAGCGACCUCGCGAAGCUGUUAAUCCUGCUGAACAAGCAGCAGGUGCCCGUGGUCCCGCAGGAGUGGCCCCGGCUAGCCAGCUGGGCUGAGCGAAUCCUGAAACGCUACAGCAGACUAGGUCUAGGCCACCAACAGCACCAGAUCAGCGCAGUCCCAGCAGCAGCCAGCCAUCGCUCGGACUCCAGCUCCACCCAUCAAUCAUUCUCAACGUUCAAGCCGCCCUCAUACUCCCCGACGUCAUACGACACUCACAUUCUAGAUAAGUUAGACGACCAGUGUGACUGGCGCGACAGUUCGGCCGGAAGACCGCCGAGCUACUCGCAGAUUGAAACUGAAUCAAUAGUCCUCUCCGACCCCUGGGAACGGCGGCCUAUUGUUAGAAGGGAGAGCGUCUGGCUCGAAGACGAAUUGUUCGAAAUGACGAGGCGGCCCCAAGACGAACUGACGACUGAAUUGUAACUUAGCAUCUAUCUAUAAAAUAUAUAUGUGACCGUAUACAUACUUAUUGUAUGUAUUGCAGUUGAUUUGUAUAGCGGUAAGCAAUUCAAGAAGGCUUUAUUUAUUACCACUUAAAUAAGUAUUGUAGGAAUUAUAAGAAGUAUAUUAUAUGUAUGUAUGUUUUGAUAUUUGAAAACAUUAAAACAUGUAGUUGUUAUGAAACUAGAUAAUGAAAUUAAAAAUUAAUGCAAAUAUUUUGUAAGGUGGUGUUACACACUAGCAAAAUUUAUAUUUUGUCAGUUAGGUAUAUACUUAUUUGUACGUAAUCUAUUCUUACUUAAAAACACUUUAAAGUUACUUUUUAAAAGAACGAUUGUCUUUGAAUAUAAUAAUAAAACAGACCAAAGGAUGAAAUAAACUCAGCUCAUAUAAUGCUAAAAGUAGUACCUAAUUAUAUUAUUAUGCCGUUAUUGGUACAUUGAUUUCCUAAAGUUUUUCACAGUAUGAAUCAGAUCCCAUAAAAAGAAACGUUUAUUAAAAAAGAUAAACAAUAGCAUACACAAACCUUCAAUAAAAUAUCUUGCAGCGAAUGGUCAGAAAUAAACCCGGCGCAAUGAUAUGGGGAAAGGUAUCCAUAACGUAUGCAACAAUUCCUUUUGCAUGUUGACAACUGCUGGCUGCCGUCAUGGGUCCAUGUUCUAACGCAGCUGCAGGUGUAAAUAAAUAUAUAUGUAUGGGUACAAUAAAAGUGCGAAUAGUAUAGGAUCCGAAUAUAAAGCGAUCCUAAACCAUCCGCUGAAUGGAUGACAAGUAUUUUGUAUCAAAAGUUAAUACUAAGUUUAAAAAUUUAUAACAAGUGGAUUGCGUGAAGUUUUCAGUCGUCAAAAUAUAAAUAAAAAUAAUAUAAUUUGAUUAUGAACUCUAUGACAUAUGUCUUUGUCGCGAUAUUAUUUAAUUUAGAAUACUUUUCAUUCAUUAGACCGAUGAAUGAAGCUCACUUCCUCAUACAUUAUUUAUCCUUCUAAAAAGCUGUUGGUAUCGCUUAUGUAAUCCCCUUGACAGUGUUACUGCUCUAUUCCUUAAUUGGAACAAAUGUCAAUCUAACACGACCAACGAUCUCAUAAUUUUGGAUUUUGUUCUGUUUAUACUGGCUGUACCCUGAAGUUUCACCUACAAAUAAUAUUUUAGUCAGUGUAUAGAAUAUUUUACGAACAAUCCCAUUACCCAUUACGCGAGCGCACGCGGAUAAAGCAGGUCGAUACCGAUAUGUUUGUGUAAUGUAAUGUGUAAUUAUUAAAAUUCUACAAGAAGAUUCAGAAAUGGGAGCGGUACAAUAUCAGGUCCGAUUCAAAGCGACGUCUGUGUCAUGAUCAGUGUGAGAGUGAGAGGAAGAAGUAUUUUGAUAACAAAUCAGAUUUCGUUAUUUCCACAUCUCCUCUCCUCUUAGCUUCGGUGGAAAUGGAUCAAGCGGAGAGUAGAUGAUAUGUGAAAAUAACGAAAUCUGAUUGGUUAUCAAAAUACUUCUUCCUCUCACUCUCACACUGAUAAUGGAGAGUCUAAGUACAGCACAUCUCCUCUCCACUUUGGUGGAAAUAACCUGACAGUUUCGUGACUUAUCUACUCUCGUCUUGUCUCCAUCCGCUUUAUUGAAUACCGGGCCUUACUGUGGUCCCUGUCUUCAAAAUUGAGUGUAAAGGUGAAAGUUUAGGAGAUAAAUGUAGAUAAUACAGAAUGUAUGUAAAGCUUUUGCAUGAUCCAGCAAAAGUUAGAUGAAACUCAUUAAUAAAUAAUAAUGUAGGUACAGUGGCUUGUCGGCAAUACUUUAUUCCGCUGAUUUAACUUAUUAUUCGCGUGUUAAAGGUAUUUUACUAAAUCUUUUUGUAUUUUUUUUUAAUUUAUGACAGCUUUAAUUUUUGAUUACGAUAAUUCUGGUAAAAAUAAAUAAAUUUAAUUUAAAUACAGUUUUUAUGAAUUUAUCUAUAUACGAGAUACGUAGGUACAUUAUGUGAGUAACGAUUAAAAAAUAUAUAAAUAUAGGUAUGUUUUCUAAAACCAGUGUUUUUAUUUUUAUUGAUCCAAUAAGUACAAAUUUGUUAUUUUAUUGUAUAGUUUUCGACAAAAUAAAUUUACUCAAAACUGUU